AUGUUUAACAUUGUAUUGGCAGUGAAACCACAUAAAUAAAUGAACCUUGAAGAACUAAAGGAAGCUGAAGUUGGCUUUGAUGAGACUGAUAGGAAAGCCAUUGAUAUGUACAGGCAGCAACACUUGCAGGAACGGAAAUGUCUUCAGAGGAGGCAAAAGUACGUGAAGCUAAGAGAAAGUUGUGGAAAGCAUUAUGCAAAAGAACUUACAAAUGCUCCAGAGGCUGUCUAGGUUAUAAUUAAUCUUUAUUGGUCAAGUAUCCCAAUAUGUUUACUGGUUAAUGAACACCUCAACCUGCUGGCCUGAAAGUUUCCAGAAGGCAAGUUUCUCAAAGCCAUUGUAAACUGCUGCAUUCAGAAUUACAAGGACAGGUGUUUACCCACAAUACUUGUAUACAAACUGGUGAAUACUAGCAGGUUCAUUGGGAUAGCUAAACAUGUGGGAAUAUAUCUGAAAACAGAAAGCACUAGGAAUAUUUCUAAAUAAUUCACAUCAUGAAAAAUUCUAUGUUGUUUGUAAUCAUUAGAUCUAAAGGGCACUUUUUAAAGAUUGAAAAUCUUUAUUUGAUUAUUUUUGAAGAGAAAAACAAAUCUGAAAAAAAAGCCAAGAAUUUGUAUAGAAUUUGUGUAAUUCUGUGGUGAGGAUAUUACCUAAGCACAGGUAUUUUGCAAUUUCACAGUAAGAUAUUUUAUUGAGAUAAAAAUGUAUUGCUCAAAAAAAAUUUAAUUAAGAUCAUGCAUUCUGACAUUAGUUCAAAAACGGUUUUCCACUCCUUUGGUAAGCCUAUUGGUGGAUACCUACUGGCAGAUACCACUGCUGGAAACUUUUAUUUUCCAGAUUCAGAGAUAACUAAUAGAUGCAUUUCAGAGACAAUGGCUUAUCUGCCACUUCAAACUAGAACGCUAGCUAGUAAUUUUAAAUGUAAAUAGGUCAUCGGGGACUUUAGAUACGAUUGCAUAGUCCCUUCAGGUAUCAAGGCUGGCUGCUAUAAAAGUAGCAUUGCUUCCUCUCAGCAGCGAGCCUCCCUCCCACGACUGCGGCUGCUGCAAGGGACACAUGCACAGUGUGUGACAGUGGGAGCAACAGGGAAAGAGCCAAACCUCCCCUUUGGUGACCCUGUCUUUGUCCAAGCAAAGUGACCACACGGCUGUAAUUAAAGCCAUCAGAUGUGACAAAGCAGCAGCAAAAGCCAAGCUAAUCUGCAGGUUAAAACCAGAUGUUUCUGGUUUUGAGUCAGUUACACCGUUUGGAAGAAAAGGCUCCAGGAAUAUUAGCCAACCUUACUUUACAAGGAUUAUGUGGAUUGUGACAGGCUUUCAAAUCCACUCAUUUUAGUAUUCUGGAGUGAUAUGAAAUUCAGUUUCAAUACCAGUUUCCUCAAACAGACGCUCUUUUGAACAGGCCAGCGUGGAUCAAAAAGGAACACACUCAGCAGGUGGUUGCUCUGUGCCUCUGAAAUAGAUUAUGCAGGAUGGCAAUGGCAUUUCUUUAGGAAACAUGGCUAUAGCUAAUGGAACUGCACUGUAAAUUUCUGCAUUUCCAGCUCAAUGCAGUCCCACCAUUCAGCAAUUCACAAAAGAUCUGCUGCUCCUAAUUUGGCAUUGUUUAGAAGUUGUGCUGGCUCUCACAGAGCCCGUGUGAGUGAAUCAGAACUAUCACUACACAACAAAGUCACACUGAUGGCAAGAACAGAGCAAUAGUAUUUCUAGAAGAAUAGUUUCAUAAAACCAUUACACCAUCUCUAAGCUGUCCUGUUCCUUCAGGAUUCUACUAAAUACUGCCAAAAGUAAAGUAGCAUUAAAAAAAAUGACCUCAGGCCGCAACUUUGGCAGAAAUUGCAAAUGUGUGUCAUCUCCACAGCAGUGUUGCCUGUUCUGAUCUUGUCGAAGAGUAAUUUGUCACUGCAACACUGCAGUAAGUAGGUGUUAUGCUCAUGCAAGGAGUGAAGAGAUAGUGCAGCAUCCCUACUUUUUCUGAAGAAUUAUCACUGGUUACUAAAGAUCUUGCAAAUUCGAUAGAUACAUCCUGAAAUUAUUUGUAGCCUCCUGGUUUCUUUGCCAUAUUCUUGUUCUGAUAAUUAGGCUUUUUUUUUUUUUAAAGUAUUUUCACAUUUUCUCCUGGAUGUUCCAUUCCUGCUGUAUCCUGUUAGCUCUACAUUUCAUCAAAAGAGUGUUAUCUUUUGUGCAAGAGAUAAUAUUAUUUGCUUUCCUUCUGUUACAUUUUCCUCAACUGAAAGCUGGAAUCAGAGUAUUAUGAAUCAGUAACAAAAAUAAGUAUUUUUACUAUCGCUUUUCAGAAUUCUUUCAGUGGAAAAGUUCAUGGUUAGCUCUUUGGGAGCACUACUGGUAAAGAAGCUCCUGACCCUACAGUAUCUUUUCCUAAGACUUUGGUCACAAUUGUGAAUCAAAUGAACUACCUGAAAAGCAACCCAGAAAGAAAAUCCAUGACAAUUUGCAGUCAAGUUCUUUAUUUUGUUCGAGACACAAACACGAAUUACACUUCUAUUAGA